AUGUUCAAGAUUAUUGGUAUAAUCUUGGCUUUCGGGUUAGGAUACAUGACAGCAUAUAAUGAACUAUUAGCCUACAUGCUGCAAGAGAAAACAGCACUGUAUAUUGCUAUAGGCCUAACAGCUAGCUUUCUUUUGAUUUAUAUCCCACUGGAGAGAAUAGCUGAGGCAGAAUCAAUUCAGAACCCAUUAACCGCUCUCAGAACAUCAGCUCGUGAACAUUUGCAGCGACGAGGUAGUUUUUAA